AGCGUUGGGUCGCGGUGGCUGUGAGGGCAGAAGAAAAGGCCAGGCUGAGGGGAGGGUGGAGGGUGAAAAGCUCGGGUCUGUGUUGGGGAAGGCCAGGCUCGCGCUCCUGGCCGGGUUCCGCGAAGGGAACCUUAGCUGACUUGGCACGCGGGCGAAGGGCAACGUCUGAGCUCCCGGCGUUCCAGGAGCGGCCUCUUUUGGAGGAGAACCUGAAAUGCAGCGUCUGGUGCACUAAGCCGUAGCGGCAGCACCAGCCACAGCGACAGCGCUGGGGCCCUGUGUAGAAGCUCCAUCCCUCUUGUCUUUGUGCUUGCCUGCGUCCCCAGACUCAGAGAUUAUCUUAGAAGACCUAGGACUCCAAAAAUGUUUCCCCUGAAGGAUGCUGAAAUGGGAGCCUUUACCUUCUUUGCCUCAGCUCUGCCACAUGAUGUUUGUGGAAGCAAUGGGCUUCCUCUCACACCAAAUUCCAUCAAAAUUUUAGGGCGCUUUCAAAUCCUUAAAACCAUCACCCAUCCCAGACUCUGCCAGUAUGUGGAUAUUUCUAGGGGAAAGCAUGAACGACUAGUGGUCGUGGCUGAACAUUGUGAACAUAGUCUGGAAGACUUGCUUCGAGAAAGGAAACCUGUGAGCUGUUCAACGGUUUUGUGUAUAGCGUUUGAGGUUCUUCAGGGCUUGCAGUAUAUGAACAAACAUGGUAUAGUACACAGGGCAUUGUCUCCUCAUAAUAUCCUGUUGGACCGAAAGGGACAUAUUAAAUUGGCUAAAUUUGGACUUUAUCACAUGACCGCUCAUGGUGAUGAUGUUGAUUUCCCAAUAGGGUAUCCCUCGUACUUGGCCCCUGAGGUAAUUGCACAGGGAAUUUUUAAAACCACUGAUCACAUGCCAAGUAAAAAACCAUUGCCUUCUGGCCCCAAAUCAGAUGUAUGGUCUCUUGGAAUCAUUUUAUUUGAGCUUUGUGUGGGAAGAAAAUUAUUUCAGAGCUUGGAUAUAUCUGAAAGACUAAAAUUUUUGCUUACUUUGGACUGUGUAGAUGACACUUUAAUAGUUCUGGCUGAAGAGCAUGGUUGUUUGGACAUUAUAAAGGAGCUUCCUGAAACUGUGAUAGAUCUUUUGAAGAAGUGCCUCACCUUCCAUCCUUCUAAGAGGCCAACUCCAGAUGAAUUAAUGAAGGACAAAGUGUUCAGUGAGGUAUCACCUUUAUAUACCCCCUUUACCAAACCUGCCGGUCUGUUUUCAUCUUCUCUAAGAUGUGCUGAUUUAACUCUGCCUGAGGAUAUCAGUCAGUUGUGUAAAGAUAUAAAUAAUGAUUACCUGGCAGAAAGAUCUAUUGAAGAAGUUUAUUACCUUUGGUGUUUGGCUGGAGGUGACUUGGAGAAAGAGCUUGUCAACAAGGAAAUCAUUCGAUCCAAACCACCUAUCUGCACACUCCCCAAUUUUCUCUUUGAGGAUGGUGAAAGCUUUGGACAAGGUCGAGAUAGAAGCUCGCUUUUAGAUGAUACCACUGUGACAUUGUCGUUAUGCCAGCUAAGAAAUAGAUUGAAAGAUGUUGGUGGAGAAGCAUUUUACCCGUUACUUGAAGAUGACCAGUCUAAUUUACCUCAUUCAAACAGCAAUAAUGAGUUGUCUGCAGCUGCCACUCUCCCUUUAAUCAUCAGAGAGAAGGACACAGAGUACCAACUAAAUAGAAUUAUUCUCUUUGACAGGCUGCUAAAGGCUUAUCCAUAUAAAAAAAACCAAAUCUGGAAAGAAGCAAGAAUUGACAUUCCUCCUCUUAUGAGAGGUUUAACCUGGGCUGCUCUUCUGGGAGUUGAGGGAGCUAUUCAUGCCAAGUACGAUGCAAUUGAUAAAGACACUCCAAUUCCUACAGAUAGACAAAUUGAAGUGGAUAUUCCUCGCUGUCAUCAGUACGAUGAACUGUUAUCAUCACCAGAAGGUCAUGCAAAAUUUAGGCGUGUAUUAAAAGCCUGGGUAGUGUCUCAUCCUGAUCUUGUGUAUUGGCAAGGUCUUGACUCACUCUGUGCUCCAUUCCUAUAUCUAAACUUCAAUAAUGAAGCCUUGGCUUACGCAUGUAUGUCUGCUUUUAUUCCCAAAUACCUGUAUAACUUCUUCUUAAAAGACAACUCACAUGUAAUACAAGAGUAUCUGACUGUCUUCUCUCAGAUGAUUGCAUUUCAUGAUCCAGAGCUGAGUAAUCAUCUCAAUGAGAUUGGCUUCAUUCCAGAUCUCUAUGCCAUCCCUUGGUUUCUUACCAUGUUUACUCAUGUAUUUCCACUACACAAAAUUUUCCACCUUUGGGAUACCUUACUACUUGGGAAUUCCUCUUUCCCAUUCUGUAUUGGAGUAGCAAUUCUUCAGCAGCUGCGUGACCGGCUAUUGGCUAAUGGCUUUAAUGAGUGUAUUCUUCUCUUCUCCGAUUUACCAGAAAUUGACAUUGAACGCUGUGUGAGAGAAUCUAUCAACCUGUUUUGUUGGACUCCUAAAAGUGCUACUUACAGACAGCAUGCUCAACCUCCAAAGCCAACUUCUGACAGCAGUGGAGUCAGAAGUUCGGCACCUUAUUUCUCUGCUGAGUGUCCAGAUCCUCCAAAGACAGAUCUGUCAAGAGAAUCCAUCCUAUUAAAUGACCUAAAGUCAGAAGUGUCACCACGGAUUUCAGCAGAGGACCUGAUUGACUUGUGUGAGCUCACAGUGACAGGCCACUUCAAAACACCCACCAAGAAAACAAAGUCCAGUAAACCAAAGCUCCUGGUGGUUGACAUCCGGAAUAGUGAAGACUUUAUUCGUGGUCACAUUUCAGGAAGCAUCAACAUUCCAUUCAGUGCUGCCUUCACUGCAGAAGGGGAGCUUACCCAGGGCCCUUACACUGCUAUGCUCCAGAACUUCAAAGGGAAGGUCAUUGUCAUCGUGGGGCAUGUGGCAAAGCACACAGCUGAGUUUGCAGCUCACCUUGUGAAGAUGAAAUAUCCAAGAAUCUGUAUUCUAGAUGGCGGCAUUAAUAAAAUAAAGCCAACAGGCCUCCUCACUGUCCCAUCUCCUCAAAUAUGAAGAACCAAGAGUGUGACUGCCAAAAGUCAGCGUGGCAUCAGCACCAGCAGCAGAGUUCUUCAUAUCCAUGCCACUCUCAGACAAAACUAGAUGUCCAGAUUGUUGCAUUUCCGUAAAGCUUGUCAUGAGACAUUUUUUAAAAUCUCAUAACCCACAUGUUCAGCUAUCCACGCAAGAAACUUGACUGUACAUGUAUUGCUGAAAGAAUUUUCUUAACAGUGAAAUCUGAUCAUAUAUUUUUACCACACUGCCACAGAAAGCCCAAGAAAUUCAGCUGACAAGACAGAUUUAGCAUUAUCAAGAAAUCCCAGUUGCCCUGAAAAAGCUGUCCUCCAUUGUACUGAACAGACAGUCCUGUUGAUUGUAUUAUUUAGAAACAUACACUGAAUGUGGGCUGAAAUCAUCAUCUUUCCAUGAUAAUGAAAAUUGAGAAACUAUUCACAAUGCAUUCCUUAUAAAUAAAUGCUACAUUUAGUAACUCAUUUCACCCAAAAAA